UCUUACUUUUUCAUAUGACGGAAAUAAGCUUGCUAGAUUGGAAAAAAGCUUCGGCUCGUGUUGAGUUCAGUUACAUAAAGUUAACAAUUACGUAAGGAUUAAAUUAUGUAAGGAAACGAUUGCUUCCUUUUUAAAAAUUAUCCAGUGUACUUGAAUUGAGUUUCUGUAGAUUUGAUGCUAGUCAGUCUCAUUCGUUGCUCUAGAAUGGAUACUCUGAGUUAUAUUUUCUUUCCUGCAGUCGUGAUUCUUGUGUCACUUUGGCUGACAAAAUCGAAAAAAGUGAAAAACCCACUACCCGGACCGAGGGGUUUACCACUCAUAGGUUAUCUUCCAUUUUUAACAAAAAAACCAUACGUAAAGCUUCAUGAGUUGGCUAAAACUUAUGGACCAGUAUACAGUGUUCCCCUAGGUAGUCGGAAUGUUGUGAUAUUGUCAGACUUCAAAAGCAUAAAAGAUGCGUUUUCUAACGAUGUAUUCAUGGGAAGACCGGGAGAUUUACCAUUUGAACUAAGUGAAACAUCCCGAAAAAGUGGAGCAAUGUUAGGUAUGCCUUGGAAAGAACAAAGGAGAUUUUCUUUGCACAUGCUUCGUGAUUUAGGUUUCGGUAAAACUAAAAUGGAAGCUCAUAUGAAAGAUGAAAUACUCGAAUUAUUUGAACGUAUUGAAGAAAAAGAUGGAUCUCCGAUUCCUACAAAAGAUUUUCUCACUCCCAGUAUGUCUAACAACAUUGCGUCAUUAUUAUUUGGAAAGCGACUCAAAUACAAUGAUCCUAAAAGGCAGAAAUUAGACAAACUCUUACAUGAAGUGGGACGUCUGGUGGGAUCUGUCAUGAUUUUCACAUUUUUCCCGUGGCUUGCUGCUCUCUUAAACUUUUUCAAUAUCGGCAAUAAAAAGAAACUGUCCAAAGCUUUGAGUGAUAUUAAAGCAUACGUGAGAGAGGAAUGUGAAGAACAUGAGGCAACUUUAGAUACUGCUAAUAUUCGUGAUUUCAUAGAUGGAUAUUUGAUUGAAAUUCAAAAAAGAGCCAAUGAUGCCAAUUCAACCUUUCACAAGGACGUUUUAGAAGAUUUAUCAAGACUAUUCUUUGGCGCUGGUAGCGAAACUGUGCGAAUAACCGUAGAAUGGAUGAUUCUAUUGUAUGCAGCUUUCCCCGAGGUUCAAAGAAAGGUUCAAGCAGAAAUUGAUGAAGCUCUAGGCACAGACCGAUUUCCAACAUGGCAGGACAGAUUUGACAUGCCCUACACUGAAGCAACCAUUUUAGAACUCAUGAGAUGGAAAAGCAUCAUUGCUUUAAAUGUUUUAAGAUCUAAUCUAGUGGACACAGAACUUAAUGGCUACUUCAUUCCUAAAAACUCAUAUGUGCUAGCCAAUUUACAUGCCGUAGCAUAUGACAAAUCUCUCUGGGGAAACGAUGUUGAAGAGUACAAACCGGAAAGGUUCUUAAAUGAAGACAGAACAAAAGUUAUAAAACCAGAAUACUUCAUUCCUUUUUCAAUAGGCAAAAGACAAUGCCCUGGAAAACCUCUAGCUGAAAUUGAAGUCUUCCUCUAUGUCGCAGCUACCUUACAAAAGUUUAAAGUAUCCAUACCCUCCGGUAAUAAAGCUGAUUUGGAAGCCGUUUUAGGAAUCGGUUUACAACCAAAAAAACAAGAUAUUGUAUUUGAAAGUCGAAAUAAACUUAGAAACUAUUGAAAACUG